AUUAAUAUGUUGAGAAAAAGAAAGAUCUUGGGAAAAGAUGCUCAAGCAUUUUUAGACUCAAAUAACGACGUGAUUCCUGGUAUUAAAAAAACUCGCUAUGCAAAUAAAACGUUUAAUCUUGAGAAGGCAAUAGUUGAGAAUGGCCACCAAUUGAAGGACAUGAUUGUAAAGUGYACUUGGGGCCUUCAGAAAUAUUGCUCAGAGGACGACUUUACUAUAUUCUACUCCACCGAAAGRGGUUUGUGUUAUACAUUCAAUUCCGGCCAAAAGGAACCUGCUUUGAGCGUCUCAGGAACUGGACCACAAAAUGGAUUGGUUCUGUCUCUAAACGCACAGCCUGAUGAGUACUAUGGCUAUCAUAGCUAUGAGAGCUAUGGGUUCAAAGUUAUAGUACAUGACCAGGGAGAGAUUCCACUACCGGUUGACGUGUAUGGGUCAACGUGCUCGGCUGGGCAUACCCUAGAAUUGUCAGUUAGUAAACAUAAGAUUAUUAGAUUAGGAGAACCACCAGCCAAGAAAUGUGAAGACAAAGAUGGCUAUUCUGAAAAGAUGUGCAUCAUGAACUGCAAAAGGAAAUUGACAGCUGAAAAUUGUGGCUGCAAACAGCCUUUUAAAACAACAGAAGAUGAUUACUUUUCAAAAGUACCGAACUGCAACCCAGUCAAUAAAACCGUUGAUAAAUGCCUCAAGAUCACCUAUGCGCAAACGACUCGAAAAUGCAAAGACAAGUGCCUUCCAAAAUGCGACGAGGUGGUUUACAUGAAAUCCAGUUCGGUCUCAUUGUACCCGACAUCAYAUUUUUGGUCUGAUGUUAAAAAAUACAAAGACUUAAAUCCAAUGCUUAACCAAUCUUUUGGGAAGUUUGUCCAUACAGGAAAAAAUACAGUUCCCCUUGCACGUGUUAAAGUGUUUUAUGAAACCAUGGAAGUCAUAUCAAGGGUGCAGUUACGUGCCUACGAUAUUGAAGAUUUUUUAGGUGAUUUGGGAGGUUUGCUUGGUUUGUGUCUUGGUUGCAGCAUUCUUACUAUGGGUGAAGUCGUCGAUGCCAUCGUUUCCUGGUGUUUGAUGAGCAGGCGCAAUAAAAAUCGCGUUGUCGAUUUCAAAAAGUAAUGUCCAGCGAUUUACGCUUAUCGCUCCAGCGGUCUGCUGCAUUACAAUGACAUUUAAACAAGAGUAUUGGCAACAGAAAAUACCUUGUAUAUGCAUGUUUUAAAUCUAACGCUAAACACUUAUCGCACUCAACCACACUUCAAUAGGUUUUCUUGGCAAAGAUCAAUAUGUAUUUUAAUUAAUAAUCUGGCUGCUUUGCCAAUUCACUUAAAAGUGAUUUCAUUAAUGCUCAAUAUAAUGCGGGCACUUUAUUCUUUAAUCAAUCAAUAAACAAACCACAUAGUUUCCCUAUUUAGAUUUAAUCUUUUUAGUCUUUUUUUGAUAUUCUUGUUUAUCACAAUAUACAUUACAUACAUACACUACAGAUUACAAAAUAGUACAAUAGACAAAAAUAUUGACAGAUUUGUGAGUCGCAGUGUGCCACUCUAGAUGAUCUAUAUAAGAGUACAUGUUGACGGUACUAUUAUAUAUUUAGCUCAAGUCGUAAUGUUUUUAUUUUGUUUUGUUUUCCUCGUUGGGCAAAUUUAGAUUAUUAUAAAUGACAUACGCAUAAUUACUACACUUUUAAGCGUAAAUAAUAAUUUCCAUUCUUUAAUUAGUUGUUUAGUAAUUUUUGAGGAUCUUUUGAAACCCAGCUGGGAUUUGUAAUCUCAUAUAUCAUCAUAUAUCUCAUAUAUCUGCUUAAAAGGGCUGCUUGCAUGAGGAAGGUUCCCUGUAGGCCUAGUAGGGCUAAUUUCUUGCAUUUUAAAUCCUCCAGGGAAAAGAAAAGUAUUCAGCUAGCCUUAUAUUCUAACUAGAGGCAUCCAAUGCCAUGCAAGCAUCCCCUGUGACUAACAUGUACAUCCAGAUAGGUCACCAACAGGGUUUUAUUAUUGAGAAAAUAAAAGAGCUGGUU